AUGUUUAUUGCACUACGCAAGCGGACAUUCGACUCUCAUUUCAAUCGCAUUAUUUUAUUGCUCAUUUGCUCUUCAUCGUGUAUUAUACUAUCGGUAGAUGGCAACAAAAAUUCUCCUAAAAAUGAUGUUCUAUCUCGACGUAGCAGUAGCGGUUCAAUUGCUCGUUUGAGAAUUCCACCGCGCGUCGAAAGACGAUUUGCUCCUCGAUCACUGCCUAAUCCCCAUCGACCUAACGCAAAUCCAACAAAAGACCCAAAAGAAGUUCAAAAGAGUACGGUUGGGCCAUUCGUAAUGGAUGUUAUGCGUACGACAGUGAAAGCGAUGUCAUCCGAACGGUUGAAUUUAUUGAACGAUAUCGGAAGGAUCCGAAAAUCGAAAUCGAUGCUCUAUGUACCGCAUGAAGCGAAUCGGAAACGUCUCCUUAACGAGAGAAAUAAUAAACUCAAACGAUUACGUUACAAUUCACAGCAUAAAAAACCAGUACGACUAGUGUCACAUGAAGUUUAUGAAGCAGAAUUGGUGAGAAAUAUUGAGGAAGAUGAAUUACGAUACCUUGGUAAUCGACAAAAUCAUGCCAGUAGUCGACACGCUAACGAAAAUCGUAAACUCCAAAGCGGAAUCCGUGACGAUUCGUCGAGGUCAAAUUUUGUAACUGCUGGAGUUCGAUUGUUGAAUAGACCGUCGAAUGUGAAAAUUGUUCAACGACAUCAAUCGCCACAAUCGGCGAAUUCGAAGAAGCAAAAUUUUGUGGUGGUUCUGCUAUCAAACGAAAUACUUUUCAAGUCAACAGCCGUUAAAAAGCAGCCCAUCGGAAGAGAUUUGCAACCACAAUCGAAGUACACUCACAACCAUGGAACUUACAUAAGUUUUCAUUCGCCCAAUCAAAUCAGCCAACAACCGCCCAACUCUUCGCCGUAUCACUCAUCAUUACCCUCAUGGAUGAUCAGUGAUGACCGUGAUCUUUUCGAUGGAACUAUAUUCGAUGCGGCUCAAAAUCCCAAACUGACCGGUCGUCGCGCACUCUCUAUCGAUACACCUGAUUCACAACAAAAAACAAACGGGAUGAUUGCAGAGAGGCUCGAGAGCAGUUUCCAACAGCAAAGUAAUUCAGGUGAAGUGGUGACGUCGUCGAACAAACAAUCUGGUCAUUCUGAAGGAACAGAGGACAGAUCAGAUCGGCUUGAGCACUUCGGCACGAUAGAAUCGACGCAAACAAUAGUACCGCCAUCGGACAUUGCUGAACCUAAUUUGGAUGAGUUCGGCGAUAAUAUGGAUAGCAUUAACAUGAAUAAGAACUUCAUUGAUCAGAGUGUUCGAAACGAGCACUCCAAUUAUCAUCCGUAUAAUCAGAAAACGUUAGAAAACUAUGAAGUGAUCAACUCAUUGCCAUCGUUCCCGUUCAGUCACUGUUACAUGAAUGUCAACGGAUUCAUGUGCUGCAACCGCUCACUGGAAUUAACAAUGAGGCAAACGUACACAGACCUUCUUCGUACAACCCCAGCCUAUAAUCCCUGUAAUAUUCAACGUCUGGCUAAUCUUAUUCAAAAAAACGUCGAGAACAGGUUUGAAAUUCCGUUCGAGAUAAUCGUUUCAUUGGACGAUUUCGUUCUUUAUUCACAUUUCAUUUCUGAUUUAACGUGCAAAAUUGAACUCGAUGGACAUUAUAUUGCUGCGUAUGCUGCAAGUAGUCGUGCCGUUCGCAAGGAACAGAAGCAGAAUGGGGCGAGCGCAGAAGUGCGGCCAAUAUUGAAUUCAAAUAUACUGACUGAAUUUGCUCAUAAUAUACGGGAUCGAUAUUUAUACAACAAAACUGACGAGACUGUAAAUACUGUGAAUACAGAAUCUCAAGAAGAGGAUCAAUUGGACAGUGAACCAUUGGUCAUUACCAUCGAUCAACCGAUUCCGCGGAUAAGUGAAGAAUCCUCGGAGCCAGUAUCGUCCGAUCAGAUCAACGAGAAUUCGUCGAUACAAGAUCGAUCUUUACUGAUAACAGGAUUGUUAACGAACUCAGUCGGUGAACGACAAAACAGUCCUGUAGCCACUGCGAAAAGCAAUCAGCAAAUGACUGCGAAAGGAUUGCCUUCGGUAAAUUCAUCCGAAUCGUUGAAUGCAGCAGCAUUUGAACUUCUUCAGACUCUCUUAAAACAUAAACUCGCCUCUUCAGAUUCAUUUCAAAAUUCGCUGUUCCCACUGAUCACCACUUCACCAACUCCAAUUCAGGUCACGUUCACCACGGAGUCAACUAACGAUUUUGCAAGAAGAGUGUAUGGAGCAAGCACCCAACAGCAACGUGGUUCUCAGAUUAUGAACUCAGUUGUGCCUUUGAACAUAACCGGAUAUCACGAUGCCUCUUCAAUGGCAACGGAUCGAAUUCAUGUGUCGAAUCAAAAAACACUCGAGCCAAUGCCUGCUUCUGCGUUCUCGCCAAUUUCAUCGUCAAAUCCGCCCAAUAUGGACGACGCUGUAACACCGACCUCCACUCAUUCAACACCGUCAGAAUCAUUAUCUGUCACUUGGCCGACCACACCUCAACUAACAGUGUUCCAGAAUCGUAGGCCAGCUGUCAGAAAUAGGCCUUCGCCAUCGCAUCGUAGAAAAAAUAUCCACAAUUUGCGCCAAAUGAUCAGAAAAGAUGCUCUCAAAAGUGCACAGUCGAGCAACUCGGACAGCAUUGACGCCGUUAGAGUGCACAAAGUUUCUGAGGCUUUCGUUCGCAAGAUGCCCUCUACAAACGUGCCAAGUGAUAACGGAAAUGCGGUGACGGAUAGCUCAAGUGCACCAGAUUCAAUCGAAAUAGCUGGUUGGGAACAUCUGGCCGAAAACGGCAUCAUCCUGGCACCAAACUCAUCUGAAAUUGAAUCAACCGCACGUUCCAGGACAUUUUCUGACCGCAGAGCCAGCCUUAACUACGACGAAGUUCAAGACAUCACUGAUCUCGGAUUCCUUGGAGACUGA